GGGGCGCGGAGCUCCGGCCCUAUAAGAGCGCGCGGCGCGACCACCUCGGUUUGCGUCGGCGUCUGCUGCGGCGUCUUCCGCUACGCUCCGAGUCCUCACAGCCUUUGGAACCGGGACCGGAGCGCGGCCUCGCGAGUCAUGGAGAUGAAGGCCGUGUGCGUGCUGAAGGGCCAGGGCCCGGUGGAGGGCACCAUCCACUUCGUGCAGAAGGGAAGUGGGCCUGUUGUGGUGUCAGGAACCAUUACGGGAUUGACUGAAGGUGAGCAUGGAUUCCACGUCCAUCAAUUUGGAGAUAAUACCCAAGGCUGUACCAGUGCAGGUCCUCACUUUAAUCCUCUAUCCAAAAAACACGGUGGGCCAAAUGAUCAAGAGAGGCAUGUUGGAGACCUGGGCAACGUGACUGCUGGCAAGGAUGGUGUGGCCACUGUGUCCUUGGAAGAUUCUCUGAUCGCACUCUCAGGAGACCAUUCCAUCAUUGGCCGCACAAUGGUGGUCCACGAGAAACGAGAUGACUUGGGCAAAGGUGGCAAUGAAGAAAGUACACAGACGGGAAACGCCGGGAGUCGUUUGGCUUGUGGUGUCAUUGGGAUCGCCAAGUAAAUAUUCCCUAGGAUGUGAUCUGAGUCCUAGUAGCUCCUAUGUUACCUUGCUAGUUGUAGAAAUUUAACUUGAUAAACAUUAAACACUGUAACCUUAAAAGUGUAAUUUGUGUGACUUUUUAAUUGCUUUAAGUACCUGUAAUGAGAACUGAUUGAUGAUCACUUGGAAGAUUUGUAUAAUUUUAUAAAACUCCUAUUCAGUUAAAAUUGUCUGUUUCAACGAUCUCUGUAUUUUGCCAGGCUUAAUAAUCAUAUAUGGGUAUUAAACUUAAAAUUGUCUGAA